AUGGACCUGGGGUCCGACCAGGACUACUUUCAACAAUGCAAGUACAUUCACGAGGUAGAGGUGGUCAACCUAAAGCUGCAGAUGCGCAUUCUGGAGACGCACUUGGAAACCAAAGAUCGCCUAAUACGAAACCUAGAAGAAAUUAUCGAUGAGCAGGAAGGUCGUAUCUCAAACAUGGAGGAGUUUAUUCAAGGGCGCCGCGACAGCUACUCGGGACCCUCGUCGAUGCUUAAGGGCAUCUCAGUUUUAUCCUGGGACUUCGGACAACUCUCCGAUGAGAACCUGAAGCUAAAGCAGGCGCUUGCUGUUGCUCAACGACAGCUACGAAUGGGAACCUUGGUCGAAACAGAUGAAGACUACGAGAGCGAUUUGACAAGCGAAGAUCGGUUCCGCGUCAGCCCGGUUCCUCAAAAAUCAUAUGAAGAAAAGGCAAAACAACUUCUCGAUGCCAACCACACAAAUAAGCUGAAGCGCGUAGCGGAGGAAUUGAAAAACGAAAAGGAUGAGCUGAAAAGAUUGGCACUGGAUACGAAGGAAGCAUUUUCGGUGUGCAUGGCUGAGGUUAAGCUAAUGCUAGAAUCAAAAACGACGGACUUUUUCCAAGUUCUGAUCUCGCGAUACAAGGCAGAGAUGGAAAAGAGGCGCGAGCUGCACAACCAGCUGGUCGAGUUGAAUGGGAACAUUCGAGUGUUCUACCGAGUACGACCGCAGCUCGAUGAAACGCCAGGAACGGCCGCAGUGCUAAUUGAUAAUAUGGAUCCCGGGGUCGUACACCUCUCAACAAGUGCCGGCAAGAAGAGCAGUCAUUCCGUAGACCGCGUCAUCCCGAUGAGCUUUACACAGCCGCAAAUCUUUGCCGAGGUGUCCCCGAUCAUCACCAGCUGCAUAGACGGGUACAACGUGUGUAUAUUUGCGUACGGUCAUACCGGCAGCGGCAAGACGUACACGAUGGAGGGCCCGACCGCCAACCCUGGAAUCAACCAGCGAGCCUUGCAACAAGUCUUUGAGACUGCUCGAGACCGAGUCGGCGAUAUCAUCUAUUGCAUAAAAGUCGCCAUGAUAGAAAUCUACAACGAAAAAAUAAAAGAUCUGCUCAACCCAUCGGGUUCUAGCCUGAGCAUUAGGCUUGGCGAGGAUGGACGCAGUUCUAUUCCCGGGCUGACUGAAGAAGUGGUGGACAGUCUGCAGGCCGUUACUGAGACCUUGAAUCGCGGCAAAAAGAAUAAGGCCAUGGCCGCCACCGAAGCGAAUAAGGAAUCCUCACGCAGCCAUGUCAUUGUCCGGAUCACAGUAACAGGUGUAAAUAGUAUCACCGGGGAGUCAACUGUUGGUCGCUUGAACUUGGUCGACCUCGCCGGCUCCGAACGAGUGUCGCAAACUAAUGCAACGGGUCAAUUGCUCAAUGAAGCCAAGGCAAUCAACAAAUCCCUAUCGGAAUUGGGCAAUGUCGUGCUCGCUCUUCGCCAGAACAACAAGCACGUCCCAUUUCGGAAUUGUCAGCUGACGAGACUGCUUGAGGAUAGUUUAAACGGCGAAAGCAAAACGCUGGUGAUGGUGCAUUUGUCUCCCGACGUCUCCUCCGUCAGCGAAACGAUCAGCUCGAUGAAUUUUGCCGAAAAGAUUGGCCAAGUGCAAACAAAGAAUGCUUCUCUCCAGCGCAGCACACCGCAACGGAGAAGCGCAGUACUGCCAAGACCGCGAGCCGAUCUCAAUACAAACGCCUCGCCUAGAAAA